AGGGUGCGGGGGGUUGGGUGUUUGUGGUGCUGUGGUGAUGCUGUGGUGAUGUUUGAUGUCCAUGGCGAUGGCGAUGUCAAUCCCAAUGCCGACACUCCAUCGCUGCCGUCGAACCAUCUCAACAGCGCUUUUCCUCUCCACGGCGUUUUCAUAUGGCACUGUCCUUCUCUACGGCAUGUCCCUCACCAUCACACCAAGCACACUGCAACACCAAGCACACUACAACACCACACUGCAAUCCCCCGAUAUACUCCACCGAUAUCCUCUACUGCUAUUUCUUACCGCUUCGCCCAUCGCCACGCUUCCACACCAGACUAUCACCAGCCUCCGUGGUACACGCAGGCCUGGAUGUCCUGAUAUGUAUACAUGGGUACUCUGGCGGUGGGUGGGAACUGGAGACUGGAUGGAGACUGAGAUUAAAGACUGAAGACCGAAAACAGAGCAGCUGCGUCUACAUGUCCACGUACCUCUAUAGCUCCAUAUCUACAUAUCUAUAUAUCUGCGUUCUGCAUGUGUGUAUGUGUAUGUCUCCCUAUAUCUGCUACCGUAUUUCUGCGUGCC